AUUUCCGCGAUCGAAUCCUCUCCUUGAAAAUCACAACAACAGACAGCUGUUGUAAGAUGUCGGAUGGUUAUGCAGAAAUAGAAGGUCCCCUGGAUACUAAACACGCCGGGGACCAAAUGAAAGCAAUUUUGAGAAGGUGCAGAGGACGCCCUAGACUUACAGACUCUGAUCGAGCACAGAGACGGCUUGAAUCUCGAAAGAAGUACGAUGUGAGGCGAGUCUACCUCGGAGAGUCACACAAGGUCUGGAGUGAGCUUCGCCGGCGAACGAGUUUGAGUGACGCUGGACUUGCAGAGUACCUGAUCCUACUCAACUCAACAUACGGAGAGCGAUACCACCAAAAAUACGGCAGAAAGAAGAUUACUCCCGAAUCAUGCAUGACACAGAGGAGAGUUAAGAAGGAGAGGGUUUCCAGCCUUCGUAGCCUGGUCAGCUGGUACCAGGACCACUUACUAACCUGCCCACAUGAACCACAGCUCAAAACACUGGAGCCCCAGCCAGGCUUCUCCACACUGGCUAUCUGGCAGUGUGACGGCGACCACUCAUUCGUGCAGUACCUCUCCUUGCCUCCAAGAGGGUCCAGCGAGUCAGAGGCAGAGGGGGAGAUACCGUGCGAGGAGGAGGAAGACCUGACGACCACAGCUGGCAUUGUAACCAGGAGGAGAGAGACAGAUGCAGAAACACAGCUCACAGUUGCUGGAGAGGACUCGCAAGGCUCCGGAGCCCAGAUCCCCCUUCUGAGCCACGGUGAGGAGGCCACAGCUCUCAGCCACCUCCCAGGCCUGGACCCCCCUCCCAGGGAACCCCCGCUGACAGGACACCUCACGGGGGACCAGCCCGGGUCCGUCUGGGAGAUGGAGGUGGAGAUGGAGAGGCCGCAAGACCCUGACGCCCACGUCCGAGGACCGGCCUUUGACGCCCUGGGCGAGGCCGUCAACCCCGCGGAGGAGGCUGAAGACCUGAGGGGAGCCAGAGGAGAGGGGGAUGGAGGAGGAGGAGGAGACGAAGGAGGAGGAGAGGCCGAGGGCUAUGAGUGUGUGGUCGUGACCGCGUCCCUGACCGACAGGCUCCACAAACACGCGGACGACUCGGCAGAGACGAGUGACCCCAGGGGCGACGAGGGCGCGGGCUCACAGCCCGACCUCCACACGGCCACUGUGCCCAUAGCUCUUCCAGGCCACAUACCGAGGCAGGGGGAGCUGUUUCACGCUCAGACACUGCAGACAGUGGUGGCCAGCUGUGAAAUACCAGAUCAGCAGGGGUCUCUGGAGGGCUCCCAGCUUAUCAUCAUCACAGGCCCCAGUUACGAGGCCCUGGCGUCUGAGGGCAUCCAGCUGAACAUGGGGGGCGGGGAUGUAGAGGAAGUCACCUGCACCGUCAUAGAGGGCGUGGCCUACAACCAGGUGUGCCAAUCCGGAGUUGAUCCAAUGGAGGAUGAUGCAAUCACAGAGCUGAGGGAGAAGCAGAUGCUGCAGCCCAGCGUGGAGUCUCCACGCCUGGAGUCCACCUGUGACCUGGAGCUGGAGAGAGGCCUGAGCAGCGUCAGGUCAAAGAGGAGCCGGCGCGGGCCGGUGAUAGAGGCCGACGGCAUGCUGAAGAUGUUCCACUGCCCGUACGAGGGCUGCAGUCAAGUCUACGUGGCCAUCAGCAGCUUCCAGAACCACGUGAACCUAGUGCACAGGAAGGGGAGAACCAAGGUGUGCCCCCACCCCGGCUGUGGCAAGAAGUUCUAUCUGUCCAACCACCUCCACCGACACAUGAUCAUCCACUCCGGAGUCCGAGACUUUAUUUGCGAGACGUGCGGAAAGUCGUUUAAACGCAAGAACCACCUGGAAGUACACAGGCGGACCCACACAGGAGAGACCCCCUUACAGUGUGAGAUCUGUGGUUACCAGUGUCGCCAGCGGGCUUCUCUGAACUGGCACAUGAAGAAGCACACCACGGAGGCGCACUACAACUUCACCUGUGAACACUGCGGGAAGCGCUUCGAGAAGCUGGACAGCGUCAAGUUCCACAAGCUGAAGAGCCACCCGGACAAGCAGGCCGCCUGAGGCGCGGAGCGAGACGGAGAGAGAGAGAGAACCCGGUGACGAUGGGGACCCAGAGAGCACCUGGCGAAGAAACCGCCACCGAGCUGGACGGAGGGCAUGGGGAACCAGACAAGCAGACGGAGACUGCCCGACUGACUGACAGUUCUUUUGUAGAAGUUGGAAGCCCGUGAACGGAACCUCCAAAGGACAUAAUAACAAUAUGCAGUUGAUGAAGUCUGUUUCUUUGUGGAAGGGACGAACUGCUGGCCCACUGGCCACUGUGCAGGACACAGCUUGGCUAGGUGGCAGGCUACAGGCCUGGAUGCAGACUGGUGGCUAGGUGGCUAGGUGGCAGGCUACAGGCCUGGAUGCAGACUGGUGGCUAGGUGGCAGGCUACAGGCCUGGAUGCAGACUGGUGGCUAGGUGGCUAGGUGGCAGGCUACAGGCCUGGAUGCAGACUGGUGGCUAGGUGGCUAGGUGGCAGGCUACAGGCCUGGAUGCAGGCUGGUGGCUAGGUGGCUAGGUGGCAGGCUACAGGCCUGGAUGCAGACUGGUGGCUAGGUGGCUAGGUGGCAGGCUACAGGCCUGGAUGCAGACUGGUGGCUAGGUGGCUAGGUGGCAGGCUACAGGCCUGGAUGCAGACUGGUGGCUAGGUGGCAGGCUACAGGCCUGGAUGCAGACUGGUGGCUAGGUGGCAGGCUACAGGCCUGGAUGCAGACUGGUGGCUAGGUGGCAGGCUCCAGGCCUGGAUGCAGGCUGGUGGCUAGGUGGCUAGGUGGCAGGCUACAGGCCUGGAUGCAGACUGGUGGCUAGGUGGCUAGGUGGCUAGGUGGCAGGCUACAGGCCUGGAUGCAGACUGGUGGCUAGGUGGCAGGCUACAGGCCUGGAUGCAGGCUGGUGGCUAGGUGGCUAGGUGGCAGGCUACAGGCCUGGAUGCAGGCUGGUGGCUAAGUCUGUUGCUCACAGUACUCUGUACCUUCCCCAUCCUUGUUUACAUGACAUAUUGUUUACCUUUGCAACUUUAUAAUUGUUCAAUACCAUGUCCAUGGAUUGCACAUGUUUGUAUUUAUUUUUGGGGGUGGAUCAAAGAUGGGGCUCAUAUAUCAUCCUUUCUGGAUCCUAAAUGUUCUCCCUGUCACUCACAGAGGUUAUGUGUGUGUGUGUGUGUGUCUUGUGGACUUCUGAGGCCUGUCCCAUAAAGGAAGUUUAAAAAUCCAGGCUUAUGUCAGUUAGUCUUAUUUCCAGUUUAUUCGGUUCCAUAAAGCCAGUUCAAUUUAGUACAAGUUCAGUUACUAUGGCAACUUAUGUUGCAAACUAACCUGGUCCAGUGCAAGCGAACUGCCAGGCUUUGCCUGUGUUGUUCCUUCCCAAAUUAGGUGUUACAGGAAUGUCUGGCUUUAUGGAACCGAAUCAACUGAAAAUGCCUCAGACCAACUCACUGCCUGGCUUAUUCGGUAAACUUGCUUUAUAGAAGAGGCUUCAGAUGUCAGACGUCAGGUUAAGUCAUGUCCUCUUGGCUUCUGGAAACUAUUGGGUCUCGCACACGCACACUAACGGUACUGACACAUGCUGGGAGCUUGUGAAAUGCUUUCCUGUUCAGGAGGGUGGGUCGCUGUUGCGUCAUAUUGUUGCCACUGAUGAAGCAGAUGCACUUAUUUACAGUUACCUUCUUGUUUUCUGUAUCGGUGAACUGGUUCCUGUGAGAUAUGAUAAUGCCAGUCAAUGAUGUACUGUUCUUAGAGAGAUACAGUAUUUGUUUGAGACAAAUAAAAAAGAAAGAGUCCU